GGCCAUUAAUUAAGGCAUCCUUUUAUUUUUCAGACUUGAAUAGUAUUUUUUUUAUGAAUCGGACAAACAUUGAAGCAUUACCAAAGGAAACGUAAGAUGGAUCCAAGCCCAGUUGAUAAGAACGGCAAGGAGCCUGUGUCAUGCACACCUAAUCACAGCCAGAGACAUUUCACCUGGGAAGAAUGUGACUAUCAGGCAGAAAACGUGUGUGAUAUUCCUGUUCACAGUGGAAUGCAAUCUGACAAAGAUAUGUCUCAAUGCGAGAUGCCUGAGUAUGCCUCAACCCAGAAUGGCAGCUUGCAGCAACAAGAUAAAGAUAGCAAACUUACAGAUGACAAACCCUACAGAUGCCAGAAGUGUGAGUACAGGACUGAUGUCAAGUCCAGCCUUACAAAACAUCUAAGAAUCCAUACAGGAGAGAAACCCUACAAGUGCCACCAGUGCAGCUAUGCAACAAUCGGCAGUUUUCAGCUGAAGGAACACUUGAGAAAACAUACUGGUGAGAAACCUUACAUGUGUGGAGAAUGUGGCUACAGGACAAAUUUCAGGUCCAGCCUGACUAUACAUAUAAAGAGUCAUACCGGAGAGAAACCCCACAAGUGUAACCUGUGUGACUAUACUGCUCUGAGGAAACACAGUCUGGUCAUGCACAUGACUAAACACACUGGUGAGAGACGCUAUGAGUGCGACGCGUGUGGACAUAGAGCAUUUACCUUGGCAGCCCUGUCCAACCAUCUAAAGACACAUAGUAAAGAAAAGCCCUACAAAUGUAACCAAUGUGAAUAUACUACAGCCUUCCGUGCAAACCUGGCUGUACACAUGCUUAAACAUACUGGUGAGAAACCAUACAUGUGUGGGGAAUGUGACUUCAGGACAGCUUUCAAGACUAACCUGUCUGCGCAUGUGAAGAUUCAUAGAGGAGAAAAACCUCACAAGUGUAACCUGUGUGACUAUGCUGCUCUUAAGAAAGGCAGCCUAGCCUUGCACAUGACUAAACACACUGGUGAGAGACACUAUAAGUGUGAGACAUGUGGACAUAGAGCAUUUACCUCGGCAGCCCUGACCAAACAUCUAAAGAUACAUAGUAAAGACAAGCCCUACAAAUGUCACCAAUGUGAAUAUUCGACAGUCUUAAGUGCUAAUCUGGCUCAACACAUGAUUAAGCACACUGGUGAGAAACCCUACAUGUGUGGAGAGUGUGGAUUUCGUACAGCUUACCAAUCCAACCUGUCUGUACAUAUGAAGAGGCAUAGAGGAGAAAAACCUCACAAGUGCAACCAGUGUGACUAUGCAGCACUAAAGAAAGCCAAUCUUAAAGCACACAUGCUUAAACACAAUAGUAAAAGAUCCUGGAACUGCGAAGUAUGUGGAUUGAAUAUGUCUACAAGGACAGCCUUGUUACAACAUGUCAAGAAACAUAAACAAGAGAAUCCAGCAGACUAUGGCCAAGUUGAGGACAAAGCAAUUAAGUCCAGCAGUUACAUGGUUGAACCAAAUGAUAGGAAACUCUCCAUGUGUGGUGAGAGUGAGAUGGCCACCACAUCAUCCCCAUCACUUCAAAGUGUAGAUGAACCUCAAAAGGGUGAUAGUGGUGAUUAUGCUGCAGUUAACGAAGCCACCCUAAAAACACACCUGCAAGAAUACAGUAAGGACAAACCCUACCUAUGUGAUGACCCUGACUUCUUUACAUCUGAUUCUGACAAGUCUAGUCAGUCCCUUCAUGCAGGAGACCUUCACUUAAGAGACGAUGAAGCAGUAGAAAAGACUGACUUGGACUUGCACAUGCUUAAACACACUGAAGAGAAACUCUCCAUGUGUGGUGAGAGUGAGACAGAUACCACAUCAACCCCAUCACUUCAAAAUCAAAGUGCAGACAAAACUCAUGUUAUGAUGGUGAUUAUAGUACUGUAA